AUGGAAGAGACCAUUUGGUGGUACUUCUUUCUACAAAGAUCCAUUCGUGAUGCGAAGAAGCAGAACAAAACAGAUCUAUCCCUGCAGAUAUCCACUGAGGACAUUGCACACUGUGACACUCCUCUAUAUGUAACAGCAACAAACUUCGAUACAGUGAAUGACAUAAUCAGCAAGUUACUGCCAAUGAUGAGAAAACAUAACACUGAAGAGUAUCAACUGUGGUUCUGUCCAUGCCCUGGGGACACUCCAAGAGCACUCCAAGGAAAUGAGUAUCCACAUGACAUUAUAAUGAUAAAUAUUCAAAAGAACUUCAGUUCACGGGACUUAAGAAACUUUGCCGCUUUCCCUUCCCUACCUGGGCUGAUCAUGAAAUAUCUAAACGCUGAUGCACAGGGGCAAUUCAUCUUAAGGCCCAGAAACUCAGCCAGAAGCCAACAGCAAAAAAGUGAGUCUGCCAUCUUCUUUCGGAAACAAAGGACUUCUGCAUCAUCAUGGUGGCACAGCAUCUGUGUGCCUCGCCCAGACCAAAUAUGCACCACCCAAAAAGUUAACAAUGGAGGAAAACUGUUUGGAAGAGAACUCAGUUCCAUUUGUCAGGAUGGCAACCUGCCCUCGGCAAUUCUGGACAUGCUGUCCCUACUAAAAAGGGAAGGGCCCACAACCGAGGGUGUCUUUCUAGUACGUCCGAGUAUAACAUUGUGCCAAACAAUAAAAGACAAAUUGGAUUCAGAAGAAGAGGUGGACAUGAACAAGCAAUCAGUGCACGUAGUUUCCUGGAUCUUUAAGGACUUCCUAAAAAACAUCGAAGGAAGUCUGAUGACCUCAAAACUGUAUGAUGAGUGGAUUGCUGUAACGAAAAAAGUUGAUGAGGAAGAGAAAUUAGCUGCAGUGCAGAGUCUUUUAGAUAAAUUGCCACCUGCAAAUGUUGUGCUUCUGAGGCAAUUUUUUCAAAUAUUAUAUGAAAUUAAAAGUAAUUCUCCUGUUACUGAAAUGUCUUCUUACCAUCUAUCUGUUGGGAUAGCCCCAUGCCUCUUAUUCAAGCCCAGCUCCUGCAAUAAUGGAAGGCCAAAAGACAUUGCCAAAAAGAUUUCUCUGGUAACAUUUAUGAUCGAAAACUGUCCAAAAAUUUUUGGAGAGGAUGUGGUUGCAGUGUCGUAUGAAACAUCCCUAUCUCAUCCUCCCGGAGCCAAGUCCUCAUGUUCCCAGAACACUGCAGCAAAUAUCAGAAACGUGAAGAAAACCAAACGUGGACUGAGCAGCUGCCCCGCUGGGAGGACCUGCACUCCUGGCUACCAUGCUCUGCCAGGAAGUCCAGCUGCCCCUCUUCCCUGUAAAGGCCUUCUAGGUGUGUAUACUUGUUCUACUGCCAUAACUUACAGUUAG